AUGUCGGCAGUUUCCCCGGUCAACUCGAUCACCGAGGCUUCAGUUACUGAAGCAGCAAAUAAGAAGAAGCUGCUGGACGGUGGCGGUGGCUGUCAGCUGAUCAACGUCAACAUCACCAGCUCUUCACCGCCGGACCGGGAAGUGGGCGACUGCGAGGACAGUGGCGGUGAGGAUGGCGAGGAUAAUGAUCUCUCUCCGAAAACCUGCACGACGAUGGAGUGCGUCAAGACGUCCGCGUCGCUUCUCAACGCCAUGGACCUCUCGGCGGAUCCGUGCGAAGACUUCUUUCAGUUCGCCUGCGGCACCUGGGUGAAGAAGCACGUCAUUCCGGAGGACCGCUCCAGUCUGAGCACCUUUGAGGUGAUGGCCGAUGAUCUGCAGAUUAUACUCAAAGACCUGCUCGAGCAGCCGCCAAACAAUGACAACAGCGCCACGCUGAAGGCCAAGUUCUUCUACAAGUCAUGCAUGAACGUCCAAAAAAUCGAAGCCAUCGGCGACGAGCCAAUUCGCGAGGUGCUCGACAGCGUGGGCGGCUGGCCGGUGCUCGACCGCAACUGGGACCCCGAUGCGAUGCCCCUCACCAUUGAGAAUCUGCUGGGAAAAAUCCGCGGCGACUACAACCAACCGAUUAUAAUUGAGCAGUACGUCGGCCCCGAUGACCGCAACUCCUCGCACAACAUUGUCCAGUUUGACCAGACCAGCUUCGGGCUGCCCAGUCGGGAGUACUUUCUGAAGGAGGGCCCCAAUAAGGAGAAGGAGAGCUACCUGGCGCUGAUGGUCGACGUGGCGGAGCUGUUGGGGGCGGACCGGGCCUAUGCCACUGAGCAGAUGGCCAAGGUGAUUGACUUUGAGACGGAGCUGGCGAAUGCGAGCAUGCCAGAGGCGGACCGCCACGAUACGAGCGCUAUUUACAAUAAGAAGACCAUUCAGGAGUUGAGGGACGCCGUGCCGGAGUUCGAUUGGAUGGCCUACCUGAGCAGCUUUAUGCCGCGGGAGGUGAAGUUGGAGGAUGAGGUAGUGAUCUACUCCAUUGCCUACUACCGGGCGAUGGGGAAGAUUCUGGCGAGGACGGCUCGGCAGGACAAGCGGGUCAUUAUCAAUUACGCCAUUUGGCGGCUGAUGAAGAGUCUGCUGCCCUUCCUGGACGGCGAGUACGGCGUACGGCGAGCAAAGUUCCGCAAAGUCCUCUUUGGCAUCAGUGCCGACCGAACCCGCUGGAGUCAGUGCGUCGAACUGGUCAAUAAGAAGAUGGGCAUGGCCGUGGGGGCGCUCUUCAUCCGCGACAACUUUGAUCCGAAGAGCAAGGAGAUCGCCAUUGAGAUGAUCCACAAUAUUCGGCAGGCUUUCAAUGAGCUGCUGUUGGUUAACGAUUGGAUGGACGAGAGUACGAAGGUGUUGGCGAAGGAGAAGGCGGACGCCAUCAACGAGCGCAUCGGCUACCCAGAUCUGUUGACCAAUCCGAUUGAGCUGUCAAAAGAGUACGACUUUCUUGAGGUGCACGAAGACAAGUUCCUCGAGAACAUCAUCAGCGUCUUCACCUUUGAGUCGCACAAGAACCUGAUCAAACUGGGCACCUCGGUGGACAAGGACAGCUGGACGACUGAUCCGGCGGUGGUGAACGCCUUCUACUCGCCCAAUAAGAAUGACAUCGUCUUUCCGGCGGGCAUCCUCCAGCCGCUCUUCUACUCGCACUACUUUCCCAAAUCUCUAAACUACGGCGGCAUUGGCGUCGUCAUCGGCCACGAGAUAACGCACGGAUUUGACGAUCGUGGCCGUCAGUUUGACAAGAAUGGCAACAUGAAGCAGUGGUGGAACAAUGCCACCAUCAAGCGUUUUCGUAGUCGGACGGAGUGCAUCAUUGACCAGUACUCCAGCUACGUCCUCGAGGACAUUAGCACCAAUGUCAACGGAAAAAUGACCCAGGGCGAGAAUAUUGGUAACGACAAUGGCGGCGUGAAGGAGGCCUAUCUCGCCUUCAAGCGCUGGGAGUCGCAAAACGGCGUCGAGCCCCUGCUGCCCGGACUCAAUCUGACGCACGACCAGCUUUUCUUCCUCAACUAUGCCCAGAUCUGGUGCGGCUCCAUGAGACCAGAGGAUGCACUAAACAAGAUUCGCUCUUCAGUGCACAGUCCUGGUCCUAUUAGGGUCCUUGGACCGCUGUCGAACUCGUACGACUUUGCGAAGGCGUACAGCUGCCCGGUGGGAAGCAAGAUGAAUCCGGUGAAAAAGUGCUCCGUUUGGUGA